GUCAGACGGUGUGUUCAGGUGGCCCAGGACGUCCCUGCUAUAAAAUUGCAUAUUUCCACGACAUGUCGAGUCGUGUUGCGUUCAGGGAGGCGUGUCGCGUCUGUGAGAUGGAUGGAGGGUCGCUGCUCAGCAUCGAGAGUCCGGCCGAGCAGACGGACAUCGAGAACCUGCUGCAGGAGCUGCGUUCAGGAGCGGUGGGUGGGGCAGGAGGAGGCGCAGGAGGAGGGAUAGCGGACGGUGAUUUCUGGAUCGGUCUGACUCGGGUCGACGGAGUGGAUCAGUCUCGUCCUGAACUCAGCAACACUUUCACUUCCUGUCCACAGCUCUACCACUGGACUGACGGAAGCCCCGCCUCCUUCAGGAAGUGGUAUUUUGACGAGCCGUCCUGUGGAGGAGAGGCCUGCGUCGUCAUGUACCAUCAACCAACAGCACUUCCUGGUCUGGGCGGGGCUUAUCUCUACCAAUGGAACGACGACCGCUGCAACAUGAAACACAACUUCAUCUGCAAAUACCAACCAGGUACCAUUAGCCAAUCAGCCCUAGUCUUUGAUAAACAAACAGAGACGACGGCAGGUGGAGGUGAGGUCAAACAGUCUGCAGGAAGUGAGGGGGGUCACCCUCAGGUCAUCACGGCCGGAACUUCAGGCAUGCUACUGGUCUACGUGAUCAUUCCCACAAUCCCCCUGCUGCUGCUCAUCCUGGUGGCUUCAGGGACAUGUUGUUUUCAGAUGCUCAGUAGAAGUACUCCCCGCACAAAGACUGCCGCCGACCAAUCAAACCUGUGGAUCUCCAGGACACCCAAACUUGAUAGCAUGGAGGUCUGA